UUGGGGUAGAGGUGUACUUCCAGCCCAGUUGUAGCUCUUAGCCAUUGCUCUACGUUGUGGGAUGGUUUUGAGUUGUCCCACCCUAGCAGGGGCCCUGAGAGAUUUUAUCUCUCACAGGGAGCCAGUGCCUUCAGGACCUUCACAGCAGCUGUAAGGGGGAGUGUGCCCACCCCACCGCUAGACCCCUUCAGUACCAUCAUGCCUCUGGGCAGAGCCACUUCCUCUGCCCCCUUAGGUGGGGCUAGCAGAAAGUAGCCUCUGUGCUCAGGAUGCGAUCCUUGCAGAGAGGUUCCCUGUGGCCACCUGCCUCUGCAGCGGCUGGGCACAGCCUGGCCCCUAAGAUGGUCGCCCUGAGAGAGCAGGUGGCCCUUGGAGCUGCUUCACCUGUGUGUCCUGCUGCCCAGCUCUGUAACAUGGUGGCCCCGCUGCAAGAGGCCUCAUUUAAAUACAAACAACUGUGCUCUGGCUUGCAUGGGAGCGGUUGUCAAGGAGGUUGUCAGGGAGGCUGACAUCAGAGAUCCCGUCCCUAUAGAUUAUUGUACAGUGGCAGGAUCUGUUCCUCAUCUGCAAAUGAGACAAGAGGGCACCCAGAGGAAACCCUGAGGGCACUUUGCGUCAUUGACCCAGGUUGCCUAGCACCGCUGGGACUGGGGAGGGAGGGCCGAUUGGCUUUGGGUUUGCAUUUUCCCAGGGUGGCCUGUUGGAGAGCCAAACAGUGCUGAGAACUGAGCCGGGGAGGAGAGAGGCAGAGGCGAUGGCUGGCGACGCGUCGGAGCUUGAACUCCCCUUCGUCCAGGACGUCCAGCUCACCAAGUGCAUGCGGCUGCGGGCACAGAGCCUCCAGCAGAGGAACGAACGGCCGCAGGAUGGCGAGAAGCUUCUGCGGCCCAACGAGUACAUCUACCGGGUGGAUUUCGUCCGGCAGCACAACCUGCACUUCCUGCGCUGGAAGAUCCAGAUGGAGAAAGCAGGGAAGUUAAUGGUGACGGGCACCUCCCAGCACUGGACGCCCGACCUCACCAACCUCAUGAACAGGCAGCUGCUGGAGCCGGUGGGCAUCUUUUGGAAGAAGCCAGGGACCAAGGAAAUGGAGUGUAACGAGGCAGAUGCCCAGGAGUUUGGGGAGAGGCUGAUGGAGCUGGCCAAGAUCCGCAAGGUGAUGUACUUCCUCCUCUCCUUCACCGAUGGCCUCGACCCAGCCCACCUCAAGUGCUCCGUAGUGUUCAAAGCCUGAUCUGUACCUGGGCAGAUCCCUCACCUCUUGCCCCCAACCGUGUCUCUCUUCAUGUUUCUUUCUCUUCGCUUCGAUUCAGUGAUUGGUCAUUUCUUUUAAAGGGACAGCACGACAAAAUUUGCCCUGUUGAUUUGCAGCCGGCAGUCAUGGUUUGAGAAUAGCCAAGUGACUAUAACGCUGCCCCGGCUGCCCUCCACUGUCCCGGGAGACUUUCCCCAACAGGUUGUGUCUUGUGGCUGAAUGGAUGGAGAGGACGGUUGCUUUAGUAGCCUAGAACGCAGUAUUGCACGCUAGUUAAUUCAGCUGUGCAAGGCGAGCUGUUUGACUAGCAGCCUGCUGAGAUGGGGCCGAGCUGGCUUGGAAGCUGUGGGGCUGCCUUGAUCAAACCCGACCAACUGCCUUACAUAGACGUUAAGGGUCCAGUGGAAAUAUCAAGGAUCUCUACCGCACAUCGUCGUGUGGCGUAAGGGAGGUGACACAGACCGGCGCUUUGAGCUCCACUCUCAAGGCCAUCAUUUUCAAAAGUGUCUGGAGCUGUGGAGCCCAGCACCUCUGAAAAUUAUGCCCCAGAGAGUCUCGAGGUGCCCCUCAUGCCCUCACCUAAUGCAUCGGAAAUCAAGGGCCACUUUUGCAAAUUUCAGGCCUGCUGGUCAAACCCCAGUGAGGACUUCAGGCUUUGGACUGAUGUUAGUGUCAGCAGCUCGUCUGUUCCCUGCUGCACAGCGAGUAACUCUCACGGUGCAUUUGCCUUGCUGUAGUACAAAUUGAACUCGGGGACAAUGUGCUGCCUGGGGAUGUUAGGUAUUGAAAGCAGUUGGAAGGUCAAUCUGCUACAGGGUGCCGAGCUAGGAAAGUUAUAGGGGCAGAGCAAAGGUUUCUGAGCAGAGUUUAACCCUUUGUAGCUCUGAGCCAGAUGCGAGUCUUCUGCAGCGCUCUUCCUUUGUAGAGUACAGUACAGGUAUGUGAUCUCUCCAAGCUUACAUAGAAAUAUAUUGAUUAUUAAUGAUUUACCUAGGGCUGUAAGCUUGCCCAGUGCUUUACAAGCGAUAGAAUAAAACUUCCCUCACACCAAAGAGCUUACAACCUAAGGGACUGUUACUGCUAACACUUCCUGCCCUGCAUAGAGCUUUGUAGGGGAUGUCGCCACAUGCACCGUGGUCUGGUGUAUAGGCUACAUGGGUGGAAGCUGGAGACCUGGAUUCUCUUCAUAGUACUACCAUUUUGCGGCUUGAUGUGUGAAUUUGGACAAGUCACUGAACUGCUCCGUGCCUCAGUUUCCCCUCUGUGAAAGAGGUGAUGAUAUGGACCCUAUUUUGUAAAGCAGUUUAAGAGCCACAGAUGAAAAGUGCUAUGGAAAUGCUAAGUACAUGCUACUCUUUGUCUCAUGGUCCUGAACAGGAUUACACCUGAGAGUGUUUGUAGGACAAAGCACUGGUUGUUCCGGAGGUAUAUAUUAUGUCAUUGCAUGAAAAACAAACCCACCUCAGCUCAGUUCUCAAGCUUUGAUCUCACCCACAGUUCAUCCUUAUUUUUAUAGCUGAUCUAUACAAGCGUCCCCGUGCAGGGGAUGGGGAAAGCUCAUUUCUUUGCCAAAGAGAGACUCUGAACUGCAAGGCGACUGUGGAAGCGGCUGGUGUGGCAGCCACUGCAUACGCAGCAGUGGUGUGGGGCAGGAAGGCAGGCAAAUGUGCAGGAGAGUCACGCAAGCUGGUGAGACCACAUAAGUCAUGUGCGGAAGAGAGCUCCCUUAACUGCGGUACCAGAGUAACACGGGUCUCUCCAGGAGAAAAUAACAACAUGGCAGGUGCAUUCUUCUGUGCUGUCACUUUUAUUUGUUCGCUCUCUCUGUCUUUGUUUAGAGCCGUUCCCUGAAGAAAUGAGACACCCGGUGAUCAGGAGUAGAAGUUUUUCCUAUUCCCUUUUGUCACAAAAUGUAGCAACUUGGGGCCAGAUUUUGCUCUGGGAUUUUAACAGCAACCUUCCACUGAAACCACCCACACACAUCCCAGAGCAUAGUUUGGCUCCUGGCCUGAAAUGCCACAUGGGCCAAUCAGACUGUCCCAGCUCUAGCCAUUACCGAAAUCGCUGUUACGAGUCGUCAGGACACUUUAAUGGUAAUUCAUUGCUUGUGUCUCACCGCCUGUGUCGAGUUCAUGCUGUGCUUAUCCUGCUGGGUAUGUAUUUGUGUACAAUGGAAAAUAAAAGCCCUUGAGGAAUGAGGUUGGAUGCGUCUCCCUCUGACCUAAAAUGCCCUGGUCUUGCACACAAUAAAGGAGAACCCAUCAAUCUUCACCCCAUGAUUUUUAGGUGUCUUCUCCCAUACACACACACUGCAAAGCUUAAGCUCUGUAAAACGUAAUAACUUCGUUCCUGGAGUGAGCUGCGUAGCUGGAUAUUUAGCUCCACAUGUAGCUUUCGAGUGAGAGAGAGAAUGUUCAGAUUCCUCGGUGUAUCUCAGAUCCACAUCACACGUAAGUCGGUUUCGGGGAUGGGAUGUUAGCCAAUCUCCAUGCCCCUGGAGCAGUACCAGUGUCCACUAGCCGAGGGUCUGGCCUCAUUACUGAAACUGACCUUCUGCACAGGGGUGAGCAGAAAGUCCCGAGGGCCCCUUUAUCCUCAGAAAAUGGCUUAAGUGAUGCACCAGCUUUUCUGCACAGAGAUGGGCUUCACCGGGUUUGUAUGUAGUCUUAUGACAGGCACAGCUUGGGUCUCCCUCCUUCGGAGUUGGGGAACCCCCCCCCUGGAGAGAGCCCCGCUCUCAGCCUCCUGUUAGGAAAUGACAUUCCUGAGUUCUCCCCACCCAGGACCAUUCUUCCCCGUCACAGAUGCCUCGAUUCUUAAUUGGCAUUUACUGUUUGAAAAAACAACAACCAAACAAUUCCCCAAGCUCUCCUGAAAAUCAGACCCGGAGCUGUGUGGUUAUUGGGCCUCUGCUUUCCUUCGUUGGAGCCCUUU